AUGGCUUUCCGUCAACCACCUGCUGGUGUUGUUCAAGUGCUCGAAGGUGUAGCUGUAUUGUUAGUUCCAUCAAAACGAAUAUAUGAUUGGAAGGACAUCAAAAUAUGGUUGGGUAGUAAUCCCAAUAAUCUUAUAACGAUGUUGAAGAAUUUUGAAGUUGAUCAACUCACUGAAGAACAAUUGCAACGUCUCAUAUCCAUUCUAGCUUGCAAAGAUUGUGAACCAGAGCGUGUUUUAAAGUGUUCUAUUGCAGGCCAUAUGUUAUGUAUGUGGCUUAGAGCAAUCGUUCAAUAUUCAACAGUGCAGCGACAACAACAACAACAACAACAAACUGUAUAA